AUGAAUGGCUGCUAUCUUCCGCCACAUUUUACGGACUCCACCACCGCCCUCCUCCUCUUUCCCUCGCCCUGCUUCUUCUUCACCUUCAUCUACACUUCUCUCAAGGCCCUCCUGCAUCCGCGCCGCAUCAUCUCCCAUGGACAUUCACAACCAAGCGAGCAAAAUAAAGUUCACAGACUUCCCCUACGUGUCGGCCCCACACAGGAACCUCAUGGUUGAUCUUGUAUCGAUAUUAGAGACGCGCCUUGGCUCGGAGCUCCUCCCUUGUACCCUUCCUCCCGACGUACAAUACUACCAGAACGAGACUGGCACCAACCAUGCAUCCCUCCACAUCAGAUCCGGCCUCGCCUCCUCCCCUGUUGAUUUCAUAUUAGGAAGUUGGCUGCACUGUGAGCUACCAACAGGUGGAGCAUUGAACAUUACAAGCCUCUCAUCCUAUCUGAACCAAACCACAGAUGCACCAAAUUUCCUACUUGAGCUCAUCCAGAGCAGCCCAACCUCCCUGGUCCUCAUCCUUGACUUGCCUCCCAGAAAAGACCUUGUCCUCCACCCUGACUACCUGCAAACAUUUUAUCAAGACACCCAACUGGACACACCCAGGCAAAGGCUUGACAAACUUGCUGAGGCUAAACCCUACUUCUCUUCAUCGCUAUACAUCCGCAGUGUUGUGUCUCCAACAGCCAUUUUGGUUCGGAUUGAAGCAGAGGCUGAUGGGCAGCGACAAAGCCUGGAGGAGAUCAUAGAGAACCAUGUGGGUCCCAUUGCAAAGGAGGUGCUGGGAAUUUGGCUGGAUCAAUGUGCUAGUGGGAAGAGAGAAGUGGAAGAGGAUGAGAGGGCUUACCUAAAGAAGAGGGAUGAUUUGAUCAAGAGGAAGACUAUUGAGAUUGAUUUGGGGUCCAAUUUCCCUAGAUUGUUUGGGCCUGAUGCCGCAGAUCGAGUAUUGGGUGCCAUUAAAGAAGUUUAUAGGGUAUGAUCAGAUCAAGCAUGGGACUAAUGUGCUUGAUUUGAUCAAUGUGGAAAAUAACAAAUACCAGUGAUAUGAUAUUAAUAGGAAGGAUUUGGCAAAGUCUGAUGUGUUUACCUGAGUUUAAAGAAGAAAAAAAAACACAACGAGAAUUGUAUAAA